AUGACAAAAUGGACGGAGAGGGGAGAAGAUGAGUCUGUUAGAUAUGUCACUCUUGCUUGUGCCCGCGGUGGGAAGGCCCGGAAUAGGACAUUGAUUGUUGCCAACUCACGUCCGACAGGAAAAACUGAAUGUAAGGCAAAGAUUAAUGCCUUAAGGCAAGAUGGUGUGCUUCGGUUGAUGAUAGUACAUAAUAUCCAUAACCACGACCUCAGUCCAAAGAAAUCUCGCUUCUUCCGAUGUAAUAGAGAAAUUAAUGAUGCCGUAAAAAGGGUCCUCGAUACAAAUGAUUUGGUUGGCAUCCGAACGAAUAAGAGUUACGGAUCUCUUGUUGUUGGCACGGGAGGAUUAGAGAACCUUCUAUUCUUGGAAAAGGAUCAUCGUGGUGCUGGAGCGCUCCGAGAUUACUUUUUACGGAUGCAGUACAAAAAUCCUGGGUUCUUUUAUAUGAUGGAUAUAGAUGAUGAGGGGAGGUUAAAGAACGUCUUCUGGGCAGACCCCCGUAGUAGAGCAUCGUACCAAGAUUUUGGUGGUGUGGUCACAUUCGACACCACAUACUUAACGAAUCGAUAUGAGAUGCCAUUUGCACCAUUUGUUGGUAUAAACUACCAUGGACAAUCAAUUUUGUUGGGAGCAGGCCUGAUUUCGAGUGAGGAUACCGAGACCUUGGUGUGGUUAUUCGAGAUAUGGUUGUAA